AUGGCCUGCAACCGAUUCACCGUACUGACGCUCCUCCUCGCUGUCGUGCACGCGGCUGACGAGUGUGAGGGUCAAUCCUUCGUAAACUUUGGCUUUCUCGGUCUGAUCCAACAGGCCUUGGAGCGAAUGGAGCUGACCUCGGUGCUCCCUGGCACCUUGGCCAACCGAUACAUAGAGACCUAUGCAUUUGCAGUUCUUCCAGACCUGCUGGCUUUGCUCAUUGCUGCCGGAGUUUUCUAUUUUCUCAGCUCCGCCAUGCAGGUGCCAAAACGUGAGCGCAAACCAUCAGAGCAAAACUCCGAUGUAGAGGAGGAAAGCAGCAUCGACUUGUCUCAGAUCCCAGAGAUUUCGGGCUGUACACCAUUGCACUGGGCUGCACACAAUGGCCUCUACCGCGACGUGGAAAUCCUGUUGACCUCUGGUGCAAAUGUCAAUGCAACGGACAAUUAUCUCGAGACACCUUUGCACAUGGCAGCGCGAUGUGGCUACGUGGACAUUUGCGACAUCUUGCUGGGCUUUGGAGCGGACCCCAGGGUUCUGAACAAGAACCAGAAGACGCCCUUGCUGAUCGCUGCCUUGUCUGGUCACUCUGAGAUUUGCGACCUGCUGAGCCCUGUCAAAUUGGCCAGGCGACCUGCUCCUGUCAAGGGCCUUGCCAUCAAGGAGACCAAGUUGGAACAAGAUACUCAAGAUGUCUCCAGUGACUCGACCGCGGCCAGCAGCCCUCGCAUAGAGGAUGAGGAACUCACGUUCGGCUGCAAUGACUUGCACUGGGCAGCUCUGAGGUGCUCCCUGCCGGAGAUCCGUGUUGCCUUGGCAAAGCAGAUCCCCGUGGAUUCUACUGACCCUUGGGGCGACACCGCCCUUCACCUGGCUACAAGGGCAGGGGCCAUGGAGAUUUGUGCCACGCUGUGCAGUGCCCGCGCCAACCCUUUGCUGCUGAACAAGGACCGCAAGACACCCUUGGAUGUUGCCCGAGUGGCUGGGCACCAUGAAAUUUCGAAGCUGCUGGAGGAUGACCUGCAAUAA